AGGUUGUGCUACACAGACAGGUUCAUCAGAAAAGGCAGCUGAAGACAGGAUCUGCAUGAUUGGGCUAACCUUUCUUGGGAAAGUGGCCCAUCAUCACCACUCAGAAAGAUGGGCUUGAACUCCUCAAGGACUCAUAACAAGGUGACUAAAGUGGCCCCCAUGCCACAAAAAGAGGAAACGCAGCCACAGCCGGGCAAUGUGUCUGGGUCCGGAUUGCAGAGUCCUCUGAGAGGGAGGAGUUCAGUCUCCGUUGCUGCCCUGAUGGAGAGAAACCCAGGACUGGAAAGACACCUGCCACCCCUGCGAGAAACCUGGCAUGGGAGAUGCCCCACAGUGUCCAAGCCGGUUCCAUUAGACCUCACCCUGGAAGCAGGAGAAACUAGCAUUAUAAAGCAGCAUCCACCACGAAGAUUUCAGAAGCUGGAACCUCUCAUUCUUGCAAAAGAAGACAUCCCUUUGGACAGGUUCUUGAGCCUGCGAGAUGGAACAGCUGUGUGCAAAGCAAAGGAGCUAGAGAAGAGAGGGCAGGACAUUAUCUACCCCCCCAGAAGACGGCAGCAUCUGCACAAGAUGAAGAUUCUGGAGAUGAGGCAGGAGGCAGAACUCAAGAGAUAUCUGCGGGAGGCGAGACUCAUGGAGUCAAAACGGAGAGACCACAGUUUGCAAGGAAUGCUUUGGAGUGUACAGAGGAAUGACACCUCUGAUGAGGAGGACCUGCUCACCAUCGAGCAUGACCAAACGUUUAAUGGCGGCCGUGGUAAGUGACACCACAUGGCACUGUGCAAGUGGUCCAAUUUUAGCAGA